AUGGAUAAACGUUUAGAUUUGUCCAAGCGAAAUUACAGUUCAUCGCAUCCUACAGCGAAUCUAAGUCAUACAUCGUCACAACUCUUGCAUGAAACUCAUCCAUCAGUGAGUUCAAAAAACAGAAGCUGUCUAGAUGAUAUUUUCAAAAAAAUAAAUAGCGAUCCAUUGAGUCGUUUACCAACCUAUUUUGAUCCGAAUACUCGAUUCAGCGAUGACGAUGACGAUGAAGAGGAUGAAGUUGGAAAUGAUCAAAGAAUCGUGAAAGAAGAAGGUAAACAACAUUUAGAAGUGGAAAAUAUCGAGCCAAAUAUUUCAGGAAAAUGCGCCAAAUCUGUUAGCACAUCAUUUGAUGGAAAAGGAGGGAAACCACUUUUAACUGAUUUUCAUGCUGGAGAUAAAAGACAUAUUGAUCAUCAAAAACAUAACAGUGGAUUUUUUUCUUCUUCAAAUCUGACAUCAUUUAGGAAAAAUGUGUCACAUGCACAGAAUUUAUUCCCUCAUAGUGAGAAAAAGAUGCCAAGUUUCCAAAAGAAUUCUGCUUUUCAAAAUGUGAAAACUAAUCUAGAUUUGCAGUUAAAAUCUACUCUAAAUCAACAAGAACCUAAAAAUUCAGAAAAACCAAAUCUGGAUGCACAAGUGAAAUCCACCCUAAAUCAACAAGUAUCUGAAGAUCAAGAAAAAAAUCCGCACAAGUCCAGUGCCUUGAGGAAUGAGGUCAUUGAAGUAAAUGGGAAAGGUUAUAGCAAACUAUCCCUUCUUGGAUCCGGAGGUUCAUGUAAAGUGUACUCAGUUUUUGACAUAGAAACCAAGUCUCGCUACGCAAUCAAAUGGGUUAAACUCAAAGAUAUUGAUCCUUCUAUACUUAACGGUUACAAACAGGAAAUACAAUAUUUAGAAAAAUUAAAAGAUUCCAAGAGAGUUAUCAAAAUGUACGACUAUGAGUACAGAGAAAAUGAUUUACUUAUAGUUCUUGAGCAUGGCGACAUCGAUUUUGCCAAAUAUUUGUCGAACGAAACCAAGUCGGAACGCUUGACCCCUCUGAAAAUAAAAUUCUAUUGGAAUCAGAUGUUGGAGGCUGUAUCCGAUAUUCACAAACAUGGCAUUGUUCAUUCGGAUUUAAAACCAGCUAAUUUCUUAUUUGUGGCAGGAAACCUGAAGCUGAUUGAUUUUGGAAUCGCUGCAUUAGUGCCAGAUGAUAAAACCAGCACAUUCAGAAAUGAUCAAGUUGGAACUUUAAACUAUAUGUCACCAGAAGCAAUAACUCAGAUGUCAUUUACGAAUAAGGAAAAACCUGUUUUUAAAAUAGGUGUCAAAUCUGAUGUCUGGUCAUUGGGGUGUAUUCUUUACAACCUUGUUUAUGGUUUCACUCCGUUUUACCAUAUCAAAACUCUAUUCCAAAAAAUACAUGCGAUUACAGAUCCUAAUUUUGAAAUAACUUUUAAACCUUUGUCAGAUAAUUUACUAUUAGAUGUUCUAAAGCAAUGUUUGAAAAGGAAUCCAAAAGAAAGAGCUUCAGUGGAAACACUUCUCAAACAUCCAUACCUUAGAGAUGAAAGAGCAGAAGCUUCUGCAUCAUCUUCAAAACCAGAUGAUGAUUUAAAAACUAUAUUCGAGAAAAUGCAGAUUUUAACUCCAAGAAGAAUGAAAUAUGUAACUGAAAUUGUUAGAGAUUUAUCAGAAAAAUCUAAUACGUAA